AUGAGACUGUUAAGCUGGAACUGCCAAGGGCUUGGGAACCCUUGGACAGGUCGAAGCCUUCGCAAAAUUGUGAGGGAGCAAGUUCCCACGGUAUGUUUUUUGAUGGAAACUAGACUUGAUAAGGAGGGUUUUGAAAAUUUGUAUGGAAACUUACCGUAUCAGAAUAAAAUUAUAGUUAAACAUCCGGAUUCUGGGGGAGGGUUGGCAUUCUUGUGGAAGAAUGAUGUGGGUUUGGAGGUUAUUAAUUUCAAAGUUAACCAUGUAUUAGCUAAAGUAACAGAAGAUGAUGGUUUUGUUUGGUAUUUGACAGGAUUUUAUGGGUGGCCAAAUGCACAGCAGAAGGAAAAUUCAUGGAGAUUGUUAAAAUAUUUACAAACAUUUGUUCUGGGUCCAUGGGUGGUGAUUGGAGAUUUUAAUGCGUAUUUACAUGUAUCUGAAAAGUUAAGUGCAAGACAGCCGCAGUAUUCUCAGAUUGAGGCAUUUAGAGAGGCAUUGAGCUCUUGUCAACUGCAUGACCUUGGUUUUAAGGGAUAUCCCUACACUUGGAGUAAUAAGAGGCCUGGGGAAGCUAAUACUAAGAUUCGGCUGGAUAGGGGGGUUGCCAAUAAAGAAUGGACUGACAGAUUUCAGAUGAGUAGAGUUGUGCACUUGUCAUCUCAUGCAUCGGAUCACCUUCCACUUUUAUUGCAUGUUCAAUCAUUUUCACAACCAAGGCAGAACCGUGGGAGAAGUUUCAGGUUUGAGGAGUCAUGGUUGCUUCGGGAUGAAUGUGCAGAUAUUAUUCGAGAGGCUUGGAGGAAUGGAGGUGUGAAUAGAGACGGGUUGGCUGCUGUACAAGAAAAAAUAAAGGCUUGUGGGGUGGACCUUAUGGCUUGGGGCUCAUCAAUGACUGACCCGGAUACGGUGGCUAUUAAGGAAACUCAGAAGCAACUGGACAGGUUGAAUGAGGUUGAACUUACUGAAGCUUCCAAAGCUGAAUUCUUGAGUUUGAGCAAAAAGAUGGAUGACCUUCUGCAAAAGCAAGAAAUUUACUGGGCUCAGCGGUCUAGAAUAAAUUGGCUGAAACAUGGGGAUCGAAAUACAAAAUUUUUUCAUGCCAAAGCUUCACAAAGAAGAAGGAAAAAUUUUAUUAGAGGCAUCUGA